AUGUUCCAGUUAGGCAACUACAAGACCGGCGCUGCACCACCGACGACGUCAUUGUCUCUUCCUGAUCGGAAGAAGGGAUAUCUUCACAAGGCGUUCCUCGUGGCUACGCGCUUAGCAAACGGAGGCGCCGACUGCCCUAAUCUCAACUUGCGACGAAAGGAAUCCAAUUUGUGUCUUGUUGAGCUCGAUAGAUCCUUGGCUGUUGUUGUUCACAUAGAGAACUGGUUGGUCCGGGACCGUUUGAUGGACCGAUCAUGGGCCUUUUCAACACCGAAAAGUUAUUUCUUUGGGAUGAUAGAACUAAAUAGUGCUUUGGGACUGCACCACAAGAGAUCCAUGGUUCUCCAUCAUUGCUUCAUAUGUCGUGAGCCACAUGCCAGUCGGGAGGAAAAAACAAUUGCGGCAGCAGCCCACCUUGUAUGUGGAGAGAUGUGGAACCAAGAUUGUAUUGCUAAAGCUGAAGGUACGUAUGACAAGAAAAAGAAGCAAGAGGAAAAAGCUGAAAAAAAAAAUGAAAUGUGCUUAAGAAGGUCAGCAGACUGCCACAACAAACGGUUUCAACAACAGACACUAAUGAAGGGUCAUCUGCUGCUCCUCGACCAGGAAAACUGGUCACAGAGCCCAACAGUAUUCCCUCCGUACAAUAUCUACCGCCGUAAACAAAUAGCCUCAUUGUGGAAUUGGUUUUCAAAGGGUUUGAAGGCUAUAGACAAGUUCGUAUGGAAUAUGAAAUAA